AUGUGUCCCCUGGCAGGGGCUCCUGCGCACAGCCUGAUUUUAACCCUCUGGAGCCCACCUACCACUACCCAAAUCACUAGGGAAUCAGUGCCCUUCAGUGUCUCACAUGGGUGGGAUGUUCUGUUUGCCCACAAUCUGCAGAGGAAUCUUCAAGGCUAUUUUUGGUACAACAGGGAAAUGACAGUCAUUAGCGACCAAAUUCACUGCCCAGGGGAAGGCAGGAUACUACACCUACAAACCUUAAAGGUAAAUCUGGAGUAUGAAGAAGCAUCUGGACGGUUCCAUAUAUACCAUGUGACUCUGUACAACCUCUGA